GCUUUUUAUUGCUUCAUGGUUUUAAACUAUAAUCAUUUUCAUCAGGAUGUUAUAAACGUACUGCUGAUUUUUUUACUUUUGUUUACUUUAUAUCUCGUUGCCAAGAUACAAUUCGUUCUUAGUGAUAAAGACACAAUAAAGUUCUUUCAGAAAGAGCUCUGCUUUUCCAAAGCUCACUGGUUUCCUUCAGGGGCUGACAUGGGCUCAAGCAGCUUUACCAAUCCUUAUGCGAUCGAAGUCAUACGGACGAAGAAGAACGAGCUGGUGAGCGGCAUUUUGAAUACAGAAGAUUUGGUGGAUCUCCUCAUUUCAAACGGCGUUCUUCAACCCGACAGCCGGGCGCUGAUGUCCAGCAUCUCUGCACGAGAAGAAAAGAACUGCAGGAUGUUGAACAUCUUGAUCUCGAGAGGAGAGCGCGCCUGCCGCAUCUUCUUCUACCCUUGUCUGAAACGAGUGGAACCUGACCUUUACCAGCACAUGAGAACUUACGUAGGUGGGGUUAAUGAGGGCAUCAGAGACGCACGGAGACAGCUGAUAGGAUAUCUCCUGGAGAAGGACAAGCAAGGUCUUGUCAAAUACUCAAAACCCACCAAGGAAGCUGCUCCUGAAAGAACCCAACCGAAGUCUCCGGCGAAUAAGGCCGCAUCCUCAACAGAACGAAUCAAACAAAUCCCCGAAUGUGAAAGUGAGCACACUGCCAUCCUCAAAGCCGUAUCUUCAGGCGAUCUGUAUCUCCUCCAGGAGCUUCUCAGAGGACUGGAUGUCAAUACUGCUUUGUCAUCAACCGAUACUCUGCUGCACCUCGCUGCUGAACAUGGUAAGGAGGCCAUCGUGUACUUUCUGCUCAGGCAAGGCGCCGAACUGAACCUGAAGGACCGGGAGGGUCGUACUGCCCUGCACAGAGCUUCAGAACGAGGCCACGCUGCUGUUGCUCAGGCCCUUGCCCAGGCUGGUGCCGACAUCCAUGCUACUGACCUGAUGUCAAAGACCCCUUUGCAUCUGGCCGCUCAAAAAGGACACGAAAGUACGCUCAAAGCUCUAGUGCACGAGGAGAAGAAAAGCCUUAUGAAUCAGACAACCGUUCUGCACAUGGCGGCCAUUGAGGAUGACGCAACACUGGCAGAGCUUCUUCUCCGAAACGGAGCUUUAGCAGACACCAGGGAUGGCCAAAGGAAGACGGCUCUGUAUCACGCUGUCCGGCACGGGAAUGAGAAAACCGCCGCCGUGCUGUUGAAGGCCGGAGCGCAGGUGGACUCUGCCAUCGUGGACGCUGCUUUCGAGCUCAACAGGAAGUCUCUGUUGACUCUGUUUCUGAGGCACGUCCAGAAGUCCAUGUCUCAGAACGAGAUCACCGCUGCUCUUUUUAAAGCGGUGCGGAGGAACUUGGACGGGGUCGUGGCGGCGCUUGUCGAUCAUGGCGCCGAUGUUAAUAGCUGUAAUGAGCUUCAGUACACACCUAUGCUUCUAGCCGCAGAGCUGGGGAAUGCUGAGGCCUUCAAAGUACUGGUCUCAAAAAAGGCCCGACUGAAUGAAAGACUGCCAAACCAGAUCUCUGGUCUGCACCUGGCUGUCCAGAGCGGAAGCAUGCAAAUCGCACAGAUAUUGCUGGAUAAGGGCAUAGACCCAAACAUCAGUGGCCCUAAAGAUCAGACCCCUCUCCAUCUCAGUGCAUCACAUAACCAGCCAGCACUAAUGGCAUUGUUGUUGCGUGUGGGGGCUCAGAUUAACUCCAUCACGCAGGAUGGGUUCACCGCCCUGCACCUCGCCAGCCAGAGCGGCCACACUGAAGCAGUCGCCCAGCUGCUGGAGGCCAAGGCCGACAUCCACCUCAAAGACCGACAGGGGAGGACAGCCCUGCACUGGGCGGCAGCACGAGGUGACGUGAGCGUCAUACAGCUCCUACUCGCUGCUGGGAGCGACGCCAAUGCCACUGAAAAAGAGAAGAAGACCCCACUGCACCUGGCCGCGAUGGAGGGACACCCCGAGGCAACUUCAGUGCUGCUGGCCGGUAAAGCUAAAGUCGGAGCUAAAGACAUGGAUGGCUGCUCUCCUCUGCAUUAUGCUGCUCAAAAAGGGAAGGAAAGAGCAGCUGGCGUUCUUCUCUCGUCUGGUAAGAGCAGGAUUGUGGAUGACAAGAACGUGUGGAGGAGGACUCCGCUGCAUUUAGCUGCAGAGCACGGUCAUGAGACGCUGGUGGGCUUCUUGCUGGAAAACGGGGCCAAGAUCAACUGCCUGGACAACAAUAAAGAUACACCUCUGCACUGCGCUUGCCGCGACGGCCGCGUCGGAGCAGUGCAGACGCUGAUAAACUGGACAAACGGAGAACGAGCGAACCUACAGGCAACCAACAACGUGAAUAAAACAGCCCUUCAGGUGGCAGAGGCAGAGGAUACGCAGGCUCACCAGAACAUAAGCACCCUGCUGAAGAAGAAGAUGUUCCUUGUGAAAUAAAACUAAACAUGCAACAGGAUCCUGUUAAAUGUGUUUGGCAGAAAGCUACCUCAACCGAUUAGCAGCUUUCACUUUUUAGCAUUGUCAGACUAGUAUUAGAAACAGUACGUAAUUAGCAUGACGUAUACUAUACAUGAUGUUAUACACGUGAUUUAAUGGUUAUAACGUUUACCUCUCGCUGAUCCUCCUAAUAAAGCAAUUCAUGACUUCGUCAACAGGUGUCCCUCAAACACAGCAUUUGGGAACUUCGAAAUAAACCCGGAACUUAAAUAUAUGGGAAAAUAAAUGUAAUUUCUUAGGUUAGAUAAACAAUAUAAUAUCUUAUGUCAAUAUGAUCACGCUUUUAACUGUAAUAGCUACAUAUUUCUCAGUGUAUAUUUCUUUUAUAGAAGUACAUUUCUGUAAACACGCAAAGUCUAGCUUUCAAAAGCCGCUUAACAUCAACCAGUUCAUCCCUGAAAAUAU